AUGGAAUACGAGGUGUACCGACACAACAGCGCAGACGAUGAGGACUUCAACAGAAUCAACCAGUUUUACAAGCAGGUUCUCCAGGAGGACAAGGACUUAUGCAAUGGUGCGCAGAAAAACCUGAAUAACAAUAUUUUUAUCAAUGGACAGCUGCAUCCCGAGAAGGAAAAGGACACGGUGCGCGAGCAUGUAAUGAGGCACCGCGCGCAAGAGGAGAAGGAAAAUGGCGGUAAGGAAAUCUGGCCCGCGUCACCCAAGCCAGCCAAAGCAAUGGAGACGGGCAAACUGCUGGAGGAAGAACUGUUUUGUGCUGGUCUGGUGACGGGCGCUUGCCAGGGCCCUUCGGAGUUGAGCCAGUUGGCGUGGUAG